UCAAGUUAAAAGAAUUUCAACAGCUAAAAGCAUGGACAGUUCAAAGAGCACUCACCGCUUUUCAUGCCAAAACUCAAAACGAUAAAGGAAUUCGUUUAUUUUCUCAGCAUACAUCUCUCUCUGCAAUUGUUUCAUCUCUCUCUGUCUCUCUCUCUCUCUACGAGCUGUGGUUUUGUAUCACCACUUCUCUCUUCCACAGAAAUCUCACAGAACUACAAUGAGAGACUUCAUUUCUUGCUUCAGCGAGGACUCCAUCAGUUUCUCCAACCCAUCAUGCUCCCACCCUUCCAAAAACGCUUUCAUCUCUCCCUCCCCUCUUCCUUCAGUCCAAAAUGCGGUCACCUGCGUCUACAAGACCAUCCUCUCCAAGCACAAGAAGCACCUCUUGAUCACCAUCUCCUGGCUCACUGCACAAGCGGGUCAUCGAGACGUGAUCAUGAGCUUUGACCACGAUCCGUCUUCUUCCUUCAGGCUCAGCACCAAUUCGGGCUUGUUCAGGAAGAACAGGGGCCACUGCAGGAAGAUGGAGCACCAGAAUUCCGAGGUAGAAGUCUUCUGGGACUUUUCGAAAGCCACGUACGAGAUGGGACCGGAACCUGUGGACGGGUUCUAUGUAUUGGUCCUGGUUGAUUCUGAAUUAGGUCUUGUUCUUGGUGACAUGGCAACACAAGAAGCGAUCUCCAAGAAGCUCAAGGUUUGUGCAAGCAGGGAUAAAGCGAAAUUCUCUAUGGUUUCGCGGCGAGAGCAUUUGUCGGGCAACUCAGUGUACAGUACCAAGGCCAGGUUCGGCAAGACGGGCAUCGUGCAUGAAGUUCUGAUCAAGCACAGAGAUGAAAGCGAGGGGCAGAAGUAUCCGGUCCUAUGCGUUUACAUCGACAAGAAGAUUGCGCUGAGAGUGAAAAGGUUGCAGUGGAACUUCCGGGGGAGCCAGAUGAUUUUCGUCGAUGGCUUGGCGAUCGACCUGUUGUGGAAUGUGCACGACUGGUUCUUCGCCCCGGGGACCGGAUGUGCAACGUUCAUGUUCAGGAUGAGAAACGAAACAUCGGCGGCGACCUCAACGACGGAUGAUAAUGAAAGGUUUUGGUUGGAAGAGAAGUUUGUGAUGCAAGAAGAGGAAGAGUGUCAGAGAGGUGAUUUUUCUUUAUUGUUAUGUGCAACCAAGAUGACAGAGGCCAGUUCAAACGUGUAGCUUUGGGAUUCUCUCUUCUUUGGGUUUCUUCAAGUCCGAACCAUAGAUCGAAUUGUGUAACUUGUGAUCUUUCUUCAUCUGUCUCACAUUACAUGUUUAAAGGAGGUACGGAAUACUUUUGAGUUAGCUUUGUCUUUUUAGGCAAACAAGGAAGGUGCAGAUGAACAUAUUUUUCCUUGUUAUAUUUGGUCUUAAUUCGUUUUUUUUGGCCAAAAUUCUCUUCAUUUGUUGAGUAGGGUGCUUUUUGCAGAGCUGAGGUGUUAAUGUAUUAUAUACAAUGAUUGGUCUCUCU